AUGCCACCCAUCCGAAAACACGAAGCAUCGUCCAGUGCGUCGACAUCUCAAUCCUCUCAACCGAACGGUACGGGCGCAAAGAAUGUUUGGUUUUAUAUGACGGGAGCUACGACUCCAAAUCGACCCAAGGAAGAGGAUCUCCAGCAGUACUUUGACGCGAUAACCAGCGACAGCGCGCGAAACUUAGUUAUCAGCGUCCAAAGGAGCCUAGAAUCAGAUGUGUUGUCUGCUUGUGAACUCGAAAAGGACAAGUGGCAAACUUGGCACAAUCGCCCAGGUCCUAUCGCCAGAACCUUGCGCCAACACUUGGACGGACGCCAUGCUAUCAUCUGUUCCGACGACGUAGUGGACCAGAGUGUACCACCUCAAAGCAGCAAGCCUAGGCGCUCUCUUGCGACCAAGCCUCAGCUACCAUCUACGCCUUCUUCUACAAGAACGUUUUCUUCAGAUGAAGUACCAGAAGAGUCAGAUGCACCAAACACUAGCUACCUAAAGUCUAAUUUACAGACAUCGGCCUCGAAAUCGCAACAGCCAUCGAAGCGUCCACGCGCGCCCAAAUCUGUGGAGAGGCUUCGGGCCGAGCUGGAUAAACUCAAGUCUGACUAUGAGCAGGUCAAAGCGGAGCGCGAUCAUGAAGCUCGGGAACGCCGUUUGUUGAAAGAAGAAUUGCGUCGUCUGAAAGAAGCCGAACGCACGCGAAAGGAAGAGCUUGUCAAGGUCUCUAACAUGCUAACUUCAUCGAUACAAGCCUUGAUUAAAAAGUAG